GCCGUGCCGGGGGCGGGGGGCGGCGGGGGGCGGAGGGGGGGGGCUGAGCCUCGCCGAGGGAUCCGGGGGGGCCGCCGGCUCGUGCCCCCCGUGCCCACCACCCGCUCCCCGCCAUCGGCAGCCUCCGGAGCGGCUCCAUCCCAGCAGCUCCAUCCCGGGAGCCCCGAUCCCGCGGGAGCUCCCCGUGCGCAUCCCGGGGGAUCCAUCGCUCCCCCCCCCUCGGUAGGGGCGAGCCCCCCCCUCCCGCCGAGCCCCCCCGGUAUCCGCGUGCCUCGGCUGAUCCCUCCCUUCCCGGGGCUGCGCCGAUGGACUCUCCCAGCGCUCCGUGUGUGCGGCGGAGGCUGCGGCGGUAGCGCUGGUACCCGGGAGCUGCUGUCGCGCCGUGUCGCUGCCGGAGCAUCCUCCUUCCUCGCUGUAUCCCUUCCCGAGCAUCCUUCCUCGCCGGAGCACCUUCCUCCUCCUCGCCGGCGCCGGGAGGGAGCUGGAGCUGGAGCGGGGCGAGGGCUGAGCCAGGUCCGGGCCGGUGUCCGGGGUCCCCCCACGCCCCCUCCCACGGAUGGGUAGCGCCGUCACCCAUCUCCCCCCAUCCCGGGCCUGAGGGCGCAUCCCCCCGACGCAGAGACCCCCCUCCCCAUUUCCACGCCGGCGUCGUCCCGUCCCAUCCCGCCGGCGCCAUGGACGAGUCGUUCCGGGACCGGACGGCGUUCAUCCGCGGCGCCAAGGACAUCGCCAAGGAGGUGAAGAAGCAGGCGGCCAAGAAGGUGAGCCGGGGCAUGGACCGCGUGCAGGACGAGUACACCCGGCGCUCCUACUCCCGCUUCGAGGAGGAGGAGGACGACGAAGACUACGCGCCCCAGGACGGCUACUACCGGGGGGGCGAGGGGGCCAACGAGGAGGAGGGGGCGUCCAGCGACGCCACCGAGGGCCACGACGAGGAGGACGAGAUCUACGAGGGCGAGUACCAGGGGAUCCCCCGGCAAGAGUCGCUGAAGGGGGGGGAGCGCCUGGGGCCCGCCGCGGCCACCGGCGCCUUCGACGACAGCGAGGGGCAGCGGCGGAAGGACCGGGAGGAGCUGGCGCAGCAGUACGAGCUCAUCCUGCAGGAGUGCGGCCACGGCCGCUUCCAGUGGACCCUCUACUUCGUCCUGGGCCUGGCCCUCAUGGCCGACGGCGUCGAGGUCUUCGUGGUGGGCUUCGUCCUGCCCAGCGCCGAGAAGGACAUGUGCCUCUCCGACUCCAACAAGGGCAUGCUGG